UGGUGUGGGAGAGGUGAGCCGGCCGUGCGGAGCGGCGGCGCAGCGUGGAGGACCAGACGCCAGCGAUGACGCGCUUCGCUCUGACUGUGGUCCGGCAUGGACAAACAAGAUUAAACAAGGAGAAAGUAAUUCAAGGACAAGGAGUAGAUGAGCCUCUUUCAGAAACUGGAUUUAAACAAGCAGCUGCUGCUGGUAUAUUUCUUAAUAAUGUGAAGUUUACUCAUGUUUUCUCCAGUGAUCUCAUGAGGACAAAGCAGACCGUGCAUGGGAUUUUGGAGAAGAACAAAUGCUGCCAAGAUAUGACAGUGAAGUUUGAUUCAAGACUUCGAGAAAGAAAAUACGGGGUUGCAGAAGGCAAGGGGCUGAGUGAGCUGAGGGCAAUGGCCAAAGAAGCCGGGGAAGAAUGCCCUGGGUUCACACCACCCGGAGGAGAGACCUUAGACCAGGUGAAGAUGCGUGGAAUAGACUUUUUUGAAUUCCUUUGUCAACUGAUCUGGAAGGAAGCAGAUCAAAAAGACCCAUGUUCCUUAGAAACUCCAAGCAACUGUCUGGAAACUUCUUUGGCAGAGAUCUUCCCUUUAGGAAAAAACUGUGCCUCCAAAUUUAAUUCAGACAGCAGCGCUCCAGAAUUAGUAGCCAGUGUCUUAGUAGUGAGUCACGGUGCUUACAUGAAAAGCCUGUUCGAUUAUUUUCUGAAUAACCUUGAGUGUUCCUUACCAGAAACUCUGAGCAAAUCUGAACUUACAUCAGUCAGUGCCAAUACAGGGAUUAGUCUCUUUAUCAUAAACUUUGAGAAAGAAAGAGAAGCUAAACCAACAGUUCAGUGUGUUUGUAUGAACCUACAGGAUCAUCUAAGAGAAAUGACUGAAACUUGCUAAAUUUAAAUUUACACCAAAAUUGUAACAGUUUUGAGCCUCUAAGGGAGGGAGUGCCUUUGACUUUAUUUUCAUCCUCUGCUCUCACUAAAUUGGAAACGGUAAAAAAGCUGUCUAUUAUAGCAGGUUUUUAAGUUCAAAUGGAAUCAUAGCCACAUAAAACACUAAUGCAAAACCAUUUAGAAUUGAUUUGUCUGAGACCAGUUGGCAUUUUCCAGAGUAUUUUUACUACCCUGCUUACUUAUGUCUCUGGAUUGUAAAAGGAUGAAGGAACUCAGCAUUGCAAAUUGGGGGAUUAGUAAUCUGGUUACUCUGAUUUUUUCCUUUUUUAAAAAUGUUGAUAUUUUCCUUUAAUGUCUGAAAAACCUAGCUUAUUUUAUUGGCUCUUAGUAAGAUACUGUAUGUUUUGUCCUAUCUCCAUCCAUGCUUGGAAAAAGGAACUAUUUAUAAUUCUCACCGCAUAUUUAUAGUGUCAGUGUUAUAUUUUAAAAGUCCUUAAAUAAAAAAGGCUUACCAUCAAGUUUAUAUAAAGCAAAAUGACACUAAUUUUCAAUAUAGAAAUCAACGGUUGGAAUUGUCCACUCUAGAGGGUUGAAAUGUGGGUAAAUGCAGAAGUUCUUGUCUAAUAUGUAGGCUGAAGAGUUUAGUUUGAGAAAGGCUGUAAAGGAAGUAGAGUUACCAGGGUGCUGCACAAUAACCUCAGAAUAAAAGUGGGUGCUACGUUGGGAAAAAAAAAAUAGUACUCUGAUAACUGCAAUUUGGGGUUUUUGUGGAAGGUGCAGAUGAGAUU